GCGGGGCUGGGGGGGCUUCCGAGCACCGGGUCUGAACCCCGUGACCAACUCCAGCCCCCAUCGCCGCGCCCUCCUCAAACCCCAGCCCCCCGACUCGCUCCUCCUCCAAAACCUCCCCUCACCCCCGCGCCCCGGCCCCCGCCCUCCGACCCGCCGCCCCUCUCCAAGCCCCUGCGCCCUCUAACCUUGCCUACGAUUCCCCCGCUUUCUCCCCAAGCCCUCGCCCCCCACUUCCCGGCGGCGCCUCCCCGAAAGCCCCGCUGCCCCCUGCUUCUCCACCUCCAGCUCCGCGCCUCUCCUUCCUAGCCUUCCUCCACCCGCGUCCCCGCCCCUCCGGCCCGCUCCCGCUCGGCCCCCGCACUCCUGCCGCCCGAGUCCAGCCCGAACUCGGGCUCCCAGGAGCCCCCUUCCCUGCAGUUCCGAACCCGCUGGUCUCCAGGACGUGUUCCCGAUUUGAGGUGAAACCAUGAAGAGAAAAUAGAAAAAUAAUAAUGCUUUUCCGCAAUCGCUUCUUGCUGCUGCUGGCCCUGGCUGCACUGCUGGCCUUCCUGAGCCUCAGCCUGCAGUUCUUCCACCUGAUCCCGGUGUCAACAGCUAAGAAUGGAGUGAGCAGCAGGAGUCGAAAGAGAAUCCUGCCCGACCCGGUGACGGAGCCCCCGGUGACAGACCCCAUCUACGAAGCUCGUCUGUACUGCAACAUUCCUAGCGUGGCCGAGCGCAGCAUGGAAGGUCAUGCUCCGCAUCAUUUUAAGCUGGUCUCGGUGCAUGUGUUCAUUCGACAUGGGGACAGGUACCCGCUGUAUGUCAUUCCCAAAACGAAGCGACCAGAAAUUGACUGCACUCUGGUGGCUAACAGGAAACCGUAUCACCCUAAACUGGAAGCUUUCGUUAGUCACAUGUCAAAAGGACCUGGAGCUUCUUUCGAGAGCCCCCUACACUCCCUGCCUCUUUACCCCAACCACCCGCUGUGCGAGAUGGGUGAGCUCACGCAGACAGGAGUCGUGCAGCAUUUGCAGAACGGCCAGCUGCUGAGGGACAUCUAUCUCAAGAAGCACAGACUCCUGCCGAAUGACUGGUCUGCAGAGCAGCUGUACUUAGAGACCACGGGGAAAAGCCGGACGCUACAAAGUGGGCUGGCCCUGCUUUAUGGCUUUCUCCCAGAUUUUGACUGGAAGAAGAUUUAUUUCAGGCACCAGCCCAGUGCUCUGUUCUGCUCUGGAAACUGCUAUUGCCCAGUGAGAAACCAGUAUCUGGAAAAGGAGCAGCGUCGGCAGUACCUCUUACGUUUGAAAAACAGCCAGCUGGAGAGGACCUACGGGGAGAUGGCCAAGAUUGUGGAUGUCCCCACCAAGCAGCUCCGGGCUGCCAACCCCAUUGACUCCAUGCUCUGCCACUUCUGCCACAAUGUCAGCUUCCCUUGCACCAGAAAUGGCUGUAUUGACAUGGAGCACUUCAAGGUGAUCAAGACGCAUCAAAUAGAGGAUGAGAGAGAGAGGCGGGAGAAGAAACUGUAUCUGGGGUAUGCACUCUUGGGCGCCCACCCCAUCCUGAAUCAAACCAUCAGCCGGAUGCAGCGGGCUGCAGCAGGCAGGAAGGAAGAGAUCUUUACCCUCUACUCUGCUCACGAUGUCACUCUGUCCCCAGUUCUCAGUGCCUUGGGCCUUAUGGAAGCCAGAUUCCCAAGGUUUGCAGCCAGGUUGAUCUUUGAGCUCUGGCAAGACAUGGAAAAGCCCAGUGAGCAUUCCGUCCGGAUUCUUUACAAUGGUGUUGAUGUCACAUUCCACACCUCUUUUUGCCAGGACCACCAUAAGCGUUCUCUCAAGCCCAUGUGCCCCCUCGAAAACUUAGUCCACUUUGUCAAAAGGGACAUGUUUGUGUCCCUGGGUGGUAGUACUAAUUAUUAUGAUGCAUGCCACAGGGAAGGAUUCUAAAAGGUACUCAGUGCAGUGCUUAUAGAAUCUGUGCCAAUACAGAGGGAUGGGAAAGGUCCGCUUUUCGAACUGUCCGUUGCAAAGGGUACAAGAUUAUCUAUUUUUAAAGGCUAGAAAUCGUGCUUGGGAGCCACAUAGAUGGUUUGAGUUGAACAGUAAGGACGUUGUUGUAAUUGGGUACGUGAGUUACUUGGUAAACAAUGGCCAGUUCACAGAGAAAGAAAGGUAUUUUGUCAUAGCCAGACUUUGCUUACAAUGCCAGAAUAUUUCAAUACCCAGAGUUGCCAAUCGAAAUAUGUAUUCUUUUGAUCUGCCAUGGUACUGUAUGAUGGAACCAGCAAACCUCAGCCAAAAUUUUCUUAAUCUGGGACAGUCUUACCUUGUCCUUGUUCAAUGAAAAAUUUCCAAGUUAUUUAUAUAAAACAGGGGUUGGCAAACUUUCUGUAAAGGGCCCAAGGGUAAAUAUUUUAGACUUUGUAGACCACAUAAAGUCUCUGUCACAAGUAUUCAACUUGGCCUUGUAACGUAAAAGCAACCACAGACAAUACAUAAACGAAUGAGUGUGGCUGUGUUCACAGGCUGCACAAAACAGGCGGCGGUGGGCUAGGUUUGGCCCAUGGGCUGUAGUUUGCUGACCCCUGAUCUAAAAAACAGGCUCUACUCCAACUGCACUUUUAGCACUUUGAGAACCAGUUGAAUUCCAAGAAUUAUUCUGUGGUGCCUCCAGGAACUGCUAGAAACACAGAAUUUGGUCUGUAUCUGACACUAUAACGAAACUUGAGGGGAAAUAGACAUUGAAUCGUAGAAAAAUUAUUAGAAUAAUACUUGAUGUUCAUGAUGAUGUGGUAUAAGAUAGUUUUAAGUAUGUUUUAAAUAUUUGUCUGCUGUAGUCUCUUUGCUGCAUAUGCCGAAGUUUUUGUAUCCCAUUUAGUAUUUUUAUAGUCUGGGAAAAUAUUUUCUAAGGCCAGUUUUAGAUGUGCUCCUAUUCCUAUGUAAUAUUCACUUUACUGCACCUGCUUGAUGGUUAGAAGGGACCCAGAAGCUGGAUUCAGGCACUUUCUUCCAAUAAAACUAAUUAUGGUUCAUUCCCUUUGACAAGCU